AUGACAAGACAUCUGCAACUGGAAUGUCUUAAAGUAGAUGAAGACCUUUGUGCAGAGUUUUCUGAUUUAUUUGAGCUUCCUAAAAAAAGAACCAAAAAUGAUGAUAAUGACUCACAAGAGAUGACUGAAUUAAAUGAUGAGAAUGUGCAUACUAAUGUAAAAUCUCAAAUUGAAAAAUUUGUUGCUGAAUCAAAAGUUUUAACAUUAUCAGGAGAUGGCUGGACAGAUGUGUCUCAGCAUAGAAAUGAUUCUUGUUCAUUACUUCCAAUUACCCAAUUACGUGCAAAGGUUAAUAGUGAAAUGGGGCCAUCAAAAGCUGUUUUAAACGAUCGUCCUGGCACCUUUUAUAAUAUAUGGUACAAUAGAUGGUCUGGUGGUGAUCGUGCAUCAAAAUAUACAAGAGAGAAAGCAACAACUCGAUGUAAUGUCGAACUUGAUGCUGGUGAAACUAAAGGUGAUAAAAUGCCUAAUGCAUAUUUUUGUCUUAAUUUUGCAAGAGGAUGUUGUCCAUUUGGAUAUGAAUGUCAUUAUUGGCAUAGAAUUCCUAAAGAAUCUGAUCCAAUUGAUUCAACAAUUGACGCAUUUGGACGUGAUAAAUUUAAUGAAUAUCGUGAUGAUAUGGGCGGAGUGGGCUCAUUUAACCGUGAAAAUAGAACAUUAUAUGUUGGACAUGUACAUGUUGGAUCUGAUAUGGAAGAAAUAGUUAGUAAAUAUUUUAGUGAAUGGGGUGAAAUUGAAAAAAUUAAAAUAUUAAAAGACAAAGGUGUAGCUUUUGUAACAUAUAAAAGUCCGCUUAAUGCAGAAUUUGCAAAAGAAGCAAUGACAAAUCAAAGUUUAGAUCAUAAUGAAAUACUGAAUGUAAGAUGGGCAACUGAUGAUCCUAAUCCUCGUGCCAAGGAAGAGUAUAAACGAAAAGCAGAAGCCCUUGCUGCACAAGCAAUACAAAAAAGUUUACCUGUUGAAUUUUCUUUAGGGG